GUUGCUGACCCUCUACUUCCUAGACCUCAACAUGUACCGUCUCUCUCUCGCCGUCUUCUGUGUAGUCCUCGCCAUUGCGCAGGCAAAGAUCGACAAGGAACAGGCGAAGGCCAACUACGAAAAAUGCAAGGAAGAAACUGGAGCAACGGAGACCUAUGAUGAAAUCUUCAAGGAGAAGAAGAUCCCCACGAGUGACAAGGGAAUGUGCCUGGUUGAAUGUCUAUUGAAGAAAAGGGAAAUUUAUGACAGCGAGGGCAAAUACAAUCCUGAGGGAGCCAAGAAAUACUUCAGCAAGGUUUUUGAAGAGAAGCCCGAGAACAUCGAGAAGUCUCUAGCCAUUGCUGAGGAAUGCAGCAAGAUCGAUGUUGAAGGACUGGACAAAUGCGAAGCUGCAGUCAAACACCUGACCUGUGCCAAGACAAAGGCUUCUCAGCAAAACAUCAAAUAUGAAACUGACUGAGGAGAGCAUCAAGAAUGAAACUUCAUCGAAGGUUGUCCUGAUGAAACUACUUAAGAAUAAGUAUACGUUAGAUGUAGGUGUUGUUUAUUUUUAAAUUAAAUUGUGAUAAUAAAUGUUUUCAUUAUUGCCUA